GAACCAGUUGAUAUUGAAAAAGGUCUGCUGCCGGAACAACAAAGCCGAAUCGCCAAAAGCUUGCAGUUCGACGGGAAAAAAACUCAGCUGGCAGCGGAGCAAAUUAAGCGGCUAUACGAUCUCUUUAUCGGUGUCGAUGCAACCCAGGUGGAAAUAAAUCCAUUUGUUGAGACAGCCGACGGAUUACGUUGGUCUCUUCUUGGCUUCUCAUACUGCGUUGAUGCCAAACUGAAUUUUGAUGAUAGCGCAGCGUUCCGACAUCCGGAUAUCUUUCAAAUGGAAAGCCUCGACAAUAUCGAUCCCCGAGAAGCACAAGCAAAAGCGAACAAUCUUAAUUAUAUACCGCUGGAGGGCAACAUUGGAUGCCUUGGUCUUGAGGGAGAAGUACUGCUGGUUAAAGCAAUUCUUGUGAACAUUUUUGGUGGUAUCGUGAACUGCGCGACAGUUGCAAAAGGCCUCAUUGCAGCGUUCAACAAAACUGGCCUGAAGAUUCCAAUGGUUGUACGCUUGGAAGGAACAAAUGUGAAAGCAGCACAAGAAUUGUUGCAGAAUAGCAAUCUUCCAAUCAUCGCAGCGGAUAGUUUCGAGGAUGCUGCUAAAAGAGCUGCAGCGUGUGUCAGUUCAUCUUGA